AUGCUUGCGCAAUCCAUCAGGGCAUCGCGCCAGACGCUCGCACGCGUCGCCCGGCAGCAAUCUGCCUUCGUGGCCCGCCGCACAUUCAUCGUCCCGACGGCCGUCCGACAAGCCGAUCUAGUCCAGGAAAUGUACCUGCGGGAGCUGAAGAGCUACAAGCCCCUGCAAGUCAAGGCGUCCGAUGCCGAAGGCCACGUCCAGAAGUUCGCCGUCCCGAAGCCCCCGCCAUCCCCUGAAGAGGGCGACCUCGCGAGCGAGUUGAAGGCAUACGAGACACAACAGGUUGAGCUUGAGGGUGCAGCAACCGGGGAGGAGGGUGCCGCCCCGGUAGAGGAGGACUGGUUCGUGGAGGAAGAGGAGGAAACUGCUACGGCUGCUCAUUAGGCAGCAACCAGCUGCAUCACAACGACUUGUACUAAAACAUCCGACUGUGUCAAUAUUGGGCAAUGAACAGCUAGUUCCAUGUCUCCGGCUCCGACAACCAAGUCACGUGAUUGUGACUCUACCUAGGUAUCCGUGAAUGCAUCCAUGUUCAGCAACGUGCAAGAACGAGCACGCUCGAUUGCUGUCUAGGGAAGCACACACUGUACGAUGGGAGCCUCCACCCGUUUCCUCGUGCUUUCAGCGGCGCAACGAGCUUUCGUCUAUCCAUCGAGAUCUCUUGUGCAGAUGUCGGCGGCCAAGCCAUGGCUACGGAAACAUCGGGAGGUAAGCUCACAGUAUGCGCGGAUACAGUGGGACCGCUUGGAGUACGAGACCUGUGCAAACGAAACGAGGCGUAGUGGCGCCGGCUGUACUCCUACAGUACCCACAUGGUAACGCCCGGAAGCGUACAGGACUCAUCAUGCUCGGGAUG